UGAUGCUGCAUAAUAAUGAAAUCUCGGCUCACACAAACUCUCAGUUGUGCACAUAGAACAUUCACACAGAUUACGAACUGACAAUAUAAUAUCGUUCCACCAAAUUAUCUAGAAUACAUUUAGCACUAAUCACACGAAAGAAGAAGACGACGACGAGAGGACCUUCACUUUUAAAAGGAUUGUAGCAACCGAUGCAAGUCAGUCUCAUCGUGGAAGUCUGCCAUUAAACACGACAACUUAAAAGUCAGUCAGUCAGUCAGUCAGGUCACCCUCGUAAAACCGUGCGUCUUGUUUAUUUAGACAGUUGUGCCAAUCCCGAAAAAUCUCAGUUUUUUAACGAGUUUUUGAGACUUGGAGAUUUUUCAAAGUCGAAUUCUUGAGUAAGGUUUGAAAAUGGAGACGUUAUCGCCGCAAGUGCACAGCUGGGGGGACGCGGGUGGUCGCGUGCUUAAGCAGGACGUGCAGGAAACGUUCGCGCUCGCUGAGCGACGCGCAAAGGAGGGAAAACCCCCGGCCACACCUCCAAAGCAGAUCCUUCAGUAUCUCGUGAGGAUGGGAAGUUUCACAUCGGUCCCCGCAGUUCGGGAGGACGUGCAAGAUGCCGAUUUCGAAGUGGGAUCUAUCGCCAGUAGAGACUCGCUUCUUAACCGCUGCAUCGGAGAACUUCCCCCCGGUCCUGGUCUGAUAACGAGAAAUUUCGUUGUUUUCAAGUCACGAGAAAACAAGGCUGAAAAUUUUGAUGGUGCUAAAUCAUUAUUAUCAUCUCCUCGUUCAAUGUUGGGGGAUAAGUCUCACCCCGUCAUACCUGAGAAUCCGACAGUAUCAUCGUCAUCAUCGAUACCUCACAUUCCUCCCCAGAAGUCGGACACGUUUAGAAUUUUAACCUGGAAUAUCUUAGCCCAAGCGUUGGCCGUCGAGCACGACAACUUUGUCGGAUUACCGGAUGGAACACUGAACUGGACCGAGAGACGUCUCAGGAUUUUGCAUGAAAUCCUCCUCUACAAUCCGGACGUUAUAUGUCUUCAGGAAGUAGACCACUUUAAUUUCCUCAACAAAUGUCUCGUUCCUCUCGGUUAUCGGGGCGUGUUCUGUUCAAAGCCUGACUCUCCGUGCAUCUAUCUUCGCAACAAUAACGGUCCAGACGGCUGCGCGUUGUUCUAUCGGAAAGAAAAAUUCGACUUGAUGGUCGCUUCGAGUCGGGUUUUAGAAAUUUGGAGAGUUCAAUCCAAUCAGGUCUGCAUCUUUGCCCAACUUUCCGUUCGAGCAACAGGUCAACAAUUCUGCGUGGCGACGACACAUCUUAAAGCCCGUCAAGGAGCUCUUUUAGCAACCAUGAGGAACGAACAGGGGAAAGACGUCUCAAGUUAUUUGACCGCUUGUGGUGGGGGUGGGUCCAAACCGCUAGUUUUAUGUGGUGACUUUAACGCUGUGCCAUCUGAAGCAGUGAUUUCCACGAUUAAAUCAAGACUUUCGGUGGAAAGUGCGUAUUCAAAGCUUUACAAUAACGAUGAAGCACCAUACACGACUUGGAAGGUUCGAGGUGAUGGCGAAUAUUGUCACACGUUGGAUUACAUUUUCCACAACAAACAUCUCGACGUGGAAUCGGUGCUUCUUCUCCCCACGGAGGAACAAGUUGGUCCCAGCCGAUUGCCUAAUUUGAGAUAUGCAUCGGAUCACAUAGCUAUCGCCUGUGAUUUAAGAAUUAAGUAGAUAACCUUACCUCUCGUACAUACAUAUCCUUCCAGUAAAAAUUUAGUUUUUGUAUAAUCUGAUGCAAUUUACUUGAAUUUUUAACCUGUAAAUAUUUUACCUUUUACUUUUUUAACUCCAGCCAGGUUAGUAAUAAUAAUGCUGUGAUAAUGCAUCUCGUAUUUUUAACUUUUAACUUUUAGUCGAGUCAGCAACAACAAAUGUUCCCUAUUUCUAAUUUUAGCCAUAAUAUUUAAAACAUGAAUGAUUAAUUUCAUGAUGAUAGGAUUUUUGUCAGCAAGUAUGUGUCCUAAUUAGUAAACAUAAUUUGUGCUUAGUAAUAAUAAGACUGUAUCAGUCAAGUGUACAUAUAAGGAAUUAAAUGAUUUUAGAAGAUGAU